CAAUAACCCGAUCCACACUCCUACGACUUCACCUGCUCUCUCCCCUCCGCUACAUCUCCACCACAACAACAACACCACCAACACCCCCAUUGCCCACCAUGUCCAGCGCAAUCCAAAUCCGCUACUCCACCGAAUCCGACGCCCCCGCGCUCGGCCAAAUCAACAUCGACAGCUUCAAGCACCACGCCUACUGGGACAACGCCUUCCCCAACAUCGACACCGCCGCUAUCUUCCCGCUCAAAUACGCCCGCUGUCUCGAGAAACUCACCACACCCGAUGUACACGUCCUCUCGGCGCUGGACGGCGAUCAACUCGUCGGCUGGGCAAGGUGGCAGAUCCCUGGGAGUGCGAACGGCGGCGUGGAGUUGUCGGAGUCCGCGAGGGAAAAGGUCGCGAUUGCGAGUGCGAAUGUGGGUGGGUUGUUGCCGGAGGGCGCGAAUCGUCGGAUUUAUGAGAAUUUCUUCACGGUGUUGAAGGAUCUUAGGGGGAGUUAUUUGAAGGAGGGGGAUUUGACGUUGGAUUUCCUGGCUACGCUUCCAGAAUCCCAGGGCCGAGGCGUGGGGACGAAGCUAUUGCAGUGGGGAAUGGAGAUUGCUGACGCGCAGGACGCGCGCAUUUAUCUGGAGGCUACCCUGGAUGGGUAUCCGUUGUAUCUGAAGCAUGGGUGGCGGCCGCUGCAGGACUUGGUGCUGGAUUUUGCGCCGUUCGGGGGGAAGGGGACAGCGAAGUAUAUUAUUAUGAUGAGGGAUAGGAAGUCGGAGAGGAAUUGAUCUUGAAUUUAAUAGUAGUGGAUUGAAGGGGAGUGGCCUUUUAUGCGGCGUUGUACAUAGUGUACAGAGUCGGAUGGAUCUAUAUUUCAGCGGGCACGUGGCGAACCAGGAUAUUGUCACACUGCCGAUGACAGGGCGGAACUUUAUUAAAGAGAGAGCUAUUGACUACCUAGCUUCGAAUAUUAAG